AACCAAAGUUUGGCAACAAGGAGUGGAUUCCGGCUGUUGCUCCUCAAACCCAGACCCAAACUCAAAUUCAACUACAGCAGCCCAAAUUUGGAAACAAGGAAUGGACUCCUGCAGCGGCUUCUCAGACUCAAAUACAGCAACCAAAAUUUGGAAACAAAGAAUGGACUCCCACAACUGCUUCCAAGGCUCAAACCCAGACACAGACAUUGGAAACAAAGAGUGGACUCCCGCAUCGGCCACAGCUCCAACACCAGUACCGGCACAAUCGACCCGAACCGCAGCCAACGCGUUCGCCAACCGCCUAGGGUCAUUUUCAAAACCUAGCAACAGCAGAAACAACAGUGUGUUCGGCUCAACCAACGCCUUUGCAAAGGUUAAUGCAUCCAGCGCCACCAACCCCGCAUUCAAAUCCACCAGCGCAUUUGGCGCAACCAAAACACAACCGCCACCUGCAAACUUUUCCUCAAGCCAAACCACAAGCGUGAAUUUUGCACCAUCCAACUGCACAAAUCAGUCUAUGCCAUUGCCUGCUUUCCAAAAGACCACUGCGGUGACUAGGCCGUUGGCUGUACCUCGGGCUACGGCUGGGACGUUUAUGAGGGCACCGGUGGCGGCCAAGAGGGGCGUUCCUGAGGGCAGGAGACUGCCAACAAUGUACGAUAUUCUUGGGAUUGAGCCGCCGAAACCCAAGGAGAGGGACUAUGGAGUGCGCAGGAGAACGGUUAUCCCCGAGCCAGCCGUAUCAGCAGUUGCUUCGGAGCCGUGGCACCUGCGGUGGUGCCGUCGCCGGAGUUUGUACCAAUUGCUGUGGCUGCACCGACACCGGCAUUUGCGCCAUUGCAAUCUUUCACACCGAUACAAGUCGAACCGACCCCAGUUCCAGUGUCGGUACCAGCACCGGACCCUGUACCAGACUCAGUUCCUAUUUCUGUAGCUGAGCCAUCGCCGCCAUCGCCUCACGAACAACGCUCCGCUUCACCGAUCAGCCAACCGACACCUCUCCCAACAAUCGCCUCCAGCCAAAAUUCUUGCACUCCUUCUUUGUAUCCUCCGCUUAGCAAGCCAGCCAUCUACACUGGUCCGCACGCCACAACAGCUACAAUCACAAUACCCUCUACAUCGUCCCU